CCGCAGCAUCGGUAAAAGGUUUUGCUUCGUCUUCGCGUAUCCUUACCCUUGACUUUGGAAAACCCGUACUUGAAGCUGAACACCGCGUAUGGCGCCGCUGUGCUAAUCUUUCUUUGGAAGGUCACAACCCAAAUCAUAACGCCAAGUUCUUUCGAGAGUGAAGUCGUCCAGGCAGUUCGAUCCUGAAAAAAAAACCUUGUGAAACUAUCUGAUCGCUCACCUCAGCCAUGGUGCACUGCAACUGAUCCCAUGCGGGUGAAAUGCUACUCGACCAUGGCUUUCUCGUCAUUACGCCUUGUCUCCUUGGCUGUUGCCGUCAUUUAUUCAACGUCGUAUACUGCUUCAGUUCUAGCACGAGCUCGGACUAUGCGAGGUGGAACGUGCGUUUGAAAACGGCAGGUUGGAGCGGGCUAGCGGAAGGCCAUCGGACGGAAAGCAAUGCAAAAUCGAGAGCGUCGGGCCUGUUCCAAAUAGUUUCAUAUGCUGUCGCACCGAAAUCGUUCAAUGGCCAUAAUCCCUCAUUUAUUCUCUAUCAGGUCCAAAACGUGCCAUUAUAUCCUCCGGGCAUGCGCGAAAUUCGCCAUUCCUGGAUCUAUACGGAGUUACGGAAGCAUGUCUGCUUUAUUGGCGAUACACCCGGUGUAUUCAGUAUAAAUUCGAGCAUAAUCCAUGUCUUUCCCACCUUAUCUGGUUGAGCAAUGGCCACUCCUUCAGCGCUUGAAACGGGACUGCGUCAAAAGCGAACGGCCGUAAAGUUGCAAGGAUUCGCUCUUCUGCAGCUGAGCUUCCAAGCAUUGGGGAUUAUCUACUCAGAUAUAGGUUAAGUUGCCUG